GACAAACAUCAUAGCUGUUCUUGACCAAAGGUAGGCUUGACUAUUCCAGGUAAUGGGAAGACUACAUUGACUCCCAAUGCUUCACAUGGUAGGAAUUCUUCCUUCCUUCGCAACAGUAUAAUAGUCCUAAGCUGGCUCCACCGCACCAGGCCACCACCGGGCCAUCACCCAUUCAGUGAACUCGAGAAGGCUCGGCUGGUCAAUAGAACGUCAUGGUGUGGCCUCAGAGGCAACGAACCGACUUUUCUGAAUGCGUGGUUCAUAUGAAUUGGAUGCGCAGGCCCUGGGGUCUCGGAAUCCCCAGGCUGUGUGGUCUUGGCGGAUGUUUUCCCCGCUGGGGUAAACCUGUCACCAUUGGUAUUUCUGGCCUGAAGGAUCUUCCCCCGCGGUGGGUAAAAACGCAAACUCAGAUCCCGCACCCACGUUUCGGGUCUCGAUCAUGCCAUCUCUCGGGAACCCACGGCUGGUCUCUCAAAACAUGGGGUAAAUCUAGAUGCAAAGCUCGUAUUUUUCGUUAAGAUAUGCAUUUACCAUGCACUACAUUACGACGUUUCACAGUGGGAGAGAUCCCUUUAACGACCUCUGACCGCAUGCAAGAUUAUUCCGCCGUCCAAUUGACAAGAGAGGAAGGAAAAUCCUGUCAAAGCAUUGUAAGAGUCAGAAGACCUAUAUUCCUUUCAUGGAAUUCGACCCAGCCUACAGGAUUCUGUAUUCUUGCUUGGUAUGUCUUUGACUCAUGGCGGGAACUUCCAGGUUUAGGAGGCAAAUGAAGCAGGCUUUAUGACACCGAUCGAUGACCCCCGAUAUCGCAAUGGUGUAAUGCCGAGGUCUCAUAUCAUAAUCUCUACAGA